AGGCGUCGAGAAGAGAACCGUCGGCCACCAAUCCAAUCCGGUGUUGUGGCGGUCGUUUUGCUUUUUUUUCUUUCCGGGGGAAGACGUGGCGCUUCAGUACUGGUCUGAAUUGUGGCUAUUAAAACCUAACUAUUGUAUAAUUUCUGUGUCGUCUUUUGCGAACAAGAGCACGAAAGCACUGACUAUUGCACACUAGUGUCACUGUCACCUCUGCGUGUCACGAAACUAUUAGGCUGCGGCUCGCUCGUGUUGUAGUAGAACGACACUGACUGAGGAAGAAGAAACUUUUUGGCGUUUGCGACUGCUCAUGACUGCUGUUCCACAUUAGCAGGGACAAUGUCAUCCACUCCUUCCCGCCGUGACCGGAAGCGAAAACCGAAAGCAAAGCUCAGUUUCGGUUCCUCGAAUGGUAGCUCGGGCAACCUGCCAUCUAACAUGCGUGCUAACCUGCCUGAACUCUUCCAACACUUGAAGAGCCAGAACGAGGAAUUGGAGGUGACAUCGCAGCUUAAUGGGGAGGACAAUCAACUGAAGGCAUCCAGCCUUGAGGAGCUUUAUUCAAAGGAUAAUUCAAGGGCAAGACUGAGCAUUGAAGAGCUGGUUGAGAAAACUAGAUCUCUGCUAAGGGCUGAAGGCCCGUUGGAGGAGAGGGACAUUCUAAAAGGCAUUGGCCUGAAUCAAGACCAAAUAGCAUUGCUGCUCCCUACCACAUUAGGUGCACACCUGGUUGGAACACGCAAGGGAUUCCAGUGUGCCAAAGAAGAAACUCUUGAGUACUUCUAUUACUGCUCGGAUGACGACGACGACAUUGCUUGUGACAACUCUGAUAAGGGCACAAGUGUGAAGACUUCAGGCAUUACUACUACCACCACGACCACCACCAUUACGUCCACGAAUACCUUGGCCGGCGCAACAGCAACUAUUGGCACUGUGGAGCACCACAAUCUGCCAGCUGGCUGUAAGAGUUGGUGCAUGUCCUUCGAGAACAGCUCAUGCAGCAACUCUACUUACGAGUCUGCAGAGGACGAGGAGGCCUGGGCAAUGUCUAGAUCUGCCACCCCCUUGUCAGUGGUGAGUGGUAUGUCACCUCCACCUGCGGUCAGGGCAGCAGUGGUGAGGCACAACCAAGAAACGCAAACAGAACCACCUACGUUGCUGUGGAGGACUGUGGGUGUGAUGACUGCCGCUAGUUCUGCAUCAGUGCACAUCCAAACUGACCAGCCUGAUGAGGCUGCCGUCCUAAAAAUGGCCCUGAAGAAGCGUGACAUUGAUAUCUCUGAUCUGCAAGAAACCCUCCACAGGCGAUCUCACGAACAUAGGGAGGAAAUUCAGCAGCUGCACAACAGGAUUUCUAAGCUCCAAGUGCAGCUGCAGAAGGUUGCGGAGGAGAAACACGCAUCACCACCAUUACCCUCGGUUAGGAAACAGGCCCCCACUGAGGAACAUGAAAUUCAUAGCCUUCUCAUUGAACCCAAGAGGGAGACUGUGUCUCCUACAACUGAUGGGGGUCGCAAAGCUUUGGACAAGAAUGAAUUCAGAGACUUCUACGAGCUCCAGAUGAAGAUGGACCAGCAAUAUGGAGGAGGAAGCUGUUCAGACCCAGAGUCCAUAUGGUCGAGUCGUGGAGAGUCCCCGCAGAGAAGCAAGCAGAAGUCUGCCCUGGAGGAGAACAUAAUAAUGAGGCUGAAACGACAAAAACCAAAUUUUAGAGAAGCCCAUAUAAGGGAGUACCUGAACAAAUUCAGGGAGAAGCAGUGUGGCCUAACCGGAAUGACAGUCAAAGCAAUCGUGGCGGGCAUCCUCGCACUCAUGAAGAGUGACUCGCUAAGCACUGAUGCCCUGCCACACAUGAGAAAAAGAAGUGCAGCACUUCUCCUGGUUGAAAGGCACAGCCAGGAGGCACUACGCAAGUUGUCUUGCAGGAAAGGCGCUAAACUUCGUUCUGUACAGGACUGUGCUUGAGGGCAACUGCUGCAGUGAUAAAUUGUUCCCUACAGUUUGUGCUCAAGAAUUUUUGUAAUACGAAGGGUAGUCCAGUGCCAAGUUUUUACUCACAUUUGUCUAGUCUUGCAGCCCUGGGGGGUGUGAUAAUAGAUGUGAUAUGUGAGCACAGCUGAGAGGAUACAGAUGUGCAUAGAAGACUACUGGAGUCGUGCUUAUUAGUUACUUCAUGGCACAUGUUGCAAUAAACACUGCAAAUAUGGUGUGA